UUUAAAUCAAUUCUCUCUCAUGCUCCCGCACUCUGUCUCUCUCGCCCUGCUCCUCUGGUAAUAGCUUCCCUGCCACCCCCGUCCUCCACGGAAAUCGUCGCUAUCUCGCUUUCUGUAUGCCUUCAACACUUGACUGGUGAGAAAGACGUCAGUUUGAAUGGCGAAUCUGAAAGGAGGGACUCGACCGCCAUGGGUGGGGCUUGGAGCUGCUGUGUGGAUUCAAAUAGCUUCUGGAAACGCCUACACCUUCCCUCUGUACUCUCACUCUCUCAGAUCUGUUCUGGGUUUUAACCAGCGCCAGAUUGCUUUCCUUGGUGUCGCCAACGAUAUUGGCGAGAACGUUGGCCUCCUUCCUGGUCUUGCCUCCAACAAGUUCCCUCCUUGGCUCAUUCUCUCCGUUGGUGCUCUUCUCUCUUUUCUUGGUUAUGGCGUUCUCUGGCUUUCUGUUAGUCGCACUGUUCUCUCUCUUCCGUACUCCGUGUUAUGGAUUGCUUCAGUUGUUGCCACCAACAGUACUGCAUGGUUAACCACAGCUGUUCUUGUCACCAACAUGAGAAACUUCCCUGUGAGCAGAGGUUCAGUCGCCGGAAUCCUCAAAGGCUAUGGAGGGUUAAGUGCUGCAGCUUUCACUGAAAUUUACAGCCUAGUCCUUCACAAUUCUUCCUCUAAGUUCCUCUUGUUCCUUGCCCUUGGCAUUCCUAUUACAUGUUUCACCUUGAUGUUUCUUGUCAGACCUUGCACUCCCGCUUCUGGCGAAGACUCCUCAGAAAAUUCCCAUUUUGUCUUCAUCCAAGCCUCUAGUGUUGUCCUAGGUUUUUACCUUCUUGCAACCACAGUACUUAACGAUGUUGUCUCCUUAAGUGAUGUAGUGUCCUAUGUUCUGAUCUUUGUGAUGAUCCUCCUCCUUAUGGCUCCCCUUGCCGUCCCCAUAAAGAUGACAUUGUUUCCCAGAAAAUCCAUCAAACCAGAGACACCUGGGGCGCAAGUAGGAUCUUCAGAGUGUGAUGAGAAGUCAGUACCUUUGUUGCUUCCAGCAUCUUCGUCUUCAGCAACACUUGGGAGUUUUUAUGACAGUGAUGAGUCGGCUGAGGUGGCUAUGCUUCUUGCUGUGGGAGAAGGGGCAGUGAACAAGAAGAGGAGGAGGCCUAAAAGAGGGGAAGAUUUUACAUUUCGUGAGGCCGUGAUUAAAGCUGAUUUUUGGCUUCUGUUUCUGGUUUUCUUUGUUGGUGUAGGAACUGGGGUUACUGUGGUAAAUAAUCUAGCACAGAUUGGGAUCGCACAAGGUGUGGAAAAGACCACAAUCUUGUUGUCCACUUUUAGCUUCUGCAAUUUCGUGGGUCGGCUUGGUGGAGGAGUUGUUUCUGAACAUUUUGUCAGAACCAAAACAAUCCCACGAACAGUGUGGAUGACAUGCACGCAGAUUGUAAUGAUCAUCUCGUACUUGCUGUUUGCAUAUACUGUGAAUGGAACUCUUUAUCCUGCAAUAGCAUUUCUGGGAAUCUGCUAUGGCGUGCAGUUUUCUGUCAUGAUUCCUGCAGUUUCUGAGUUAUUUGGGCUGAAACACUUUGGUGUUCUUUACAACUUCAUGUGCUUGGGAAAUCCUCUUGGCGCCUUCCUUUUCUCUGCCCUCUUAGCCGGCCAUGUCUACGACGCUGAAUCCGCCAAGCAGCAUGGUCUGAACCACCUGAUGCAUGGCUCUAUAAGUAAGGCCUGCGUUGGUCCCUCCUGCUUUAAGCUGACCUUUUUGGUUCUGGCUGGUGUGUCCGCUGUAGGCACCUUCUUGAGCAUUAUUUUGACUUUGAGGGUGAAGCCUGUUUAUCAGAUGCUUUAUUCUGGUGGUUCUUUUAGGCUCCCCCAAUCCUCUUCAAGGCAUUAAGAUGAUCUUGAGACUGCUCAUACUUUAAGGCCCGCGAUAUUUACAUGGGUCUGAUAUUUGUACUACUAUAAGAUGCGGGCGCACACAUAUAUAGCUGAGUCCUUAUCAGUGUAAUGUAAGUUCAAAUUUUUGACACUAUGAUGCAAUUAGGCCCCACCUUUUUUUUUCCCCCCUUUAAUUUCAUUCAUUUGAUCUUUUCUGUGAGUGGAAUCUAAGUUUCUAUUCUCACAUGUGGGGAUCAUCUGAUGUUACUUUGUACGCACUAAGCGUUAUAUAAUUUGUACGAGUUUAUUA